AUGCGUGCCCUUUUGGCCGUAUCGCUUUACCUCUGCCUAAGGGGCAGCGCGGCCCCUGUUUCUCUUCUUGAGAGGGCCGUUCCCGUCGGACACGAGGGGCCGCCCUACGAGGUAGGGGGAGGAGGAGCCCAUCUGCCUCUGGAGGUCAACGUACCAUUCGAGAUAGACUUGCUCCCCGAUGGAGAAAGACUGCCGAUAGAGAACCCUGAGACGACGUCGCCCGAGGGGCUGCCACCGGCUGAAGGCGAAUUGGGAAAUCAGAUACCAGGGGAACAUACUCCUGAAAUGCCUGUACCAGAGGGACUGCCACCGGCUGAAGGCAACGGACCGCAACUACCGGGCGUUGAGAAUCCUGAGACGUCCGUAUCCGGAGGAGCUGAAGGGCUCCCACCGCCCGCGAGCGAAGCACCACAGGAACGACCAUCCGUAUGGAAGGGCAAGUCGCUCGAGGAUAUCAAAACUUUCUGGCUUAAUGGACUCCCAGAAACCAGAGUGGCCAAUUGGGAAAACAGUCCUGUGCAUGAGAUAUGGAACUUGUUGAGCAGGGAAGAACGAUUUUCGCUUGUAUUCGAAAACCCCGAUGCCAAAAAGUGGCCGAACUUGACGCCCGAGCAAAGAUUGUACCUCUGGCAAGAGAGGCCUAUUUUGAAGGCAAGAGACAACCAGAGACUGUGGGCACUGUUGACGCCAGAACAGCGCGAAACGCAUUGGAAACAGGACCCCAAGCGAUGGCAGAACCUGACGCCCCAAGACCAAGAGACAGUUGUUCAAUCUGUUCGUCAGAACCCAAUUUUCGAAGGCUUGGCGAACGAGGAAAUACGACGAAUCGUCGCAAAGAUAGACAAACUGGCGCCAAAGGACCGUCUGGCUCUAUCUAACUCCAGGAUCGAGAAGAUGAAAGAGGCAGUCAUAGAGGCGCUUGCUAAAGAGAGUAAGCAGCUUGCAACAGAAGCGGGAAAAGCAGCCACGGCAGAGGAAGAAGAAAAUUCAGUGGGCCGCUAG